GGAAUGCAUCGUCGGAUAGUUACGCAGCAAUCUAGGCCAACCAGUAGAUUGACAUCCAGGUGUCUAAUGCAUUAGGACGAAUUUACACAAUCCGCCCGAAAAACGACGAUUGUUUCUACCUUCGGUUGCUAUUGAUUAAUGUACGCGGUUCAACUAUAUUUGAGUCAUUGCUUACUGUGAAUGGUUCGAUGUGUGCAAGUUUUGGAGAAGUAAGCCAGCAAUUACAAAUGCUGGAACACGUUGAUCACUGGAAUGAAAAUGAAGUUCGCAUACUUUUCGAUAUAAACCUCGAUAUUGUCAAAAUCAUUUUACAUCGUCUUCGCUAAAAAUUGAAAUUGGUUCAAUUUCGGUUGAUACCUCCGGUGGUUCGAUAUCAAUUCCAUCUUCCCUUUAUCAAUUCACGAAAGAUGAACUCAUCACAAAUGUUCGGACAUCGGCCAAAUUAUCGUAACUACGAUUCCUUAAGUGCACGCGCAAUGCUAGCUGCCAAAAAUACCGAUGUUGUUGACUUCAACUGGAAGAUUCAAAGUCAAAUUCCGGGAGACUUGCGCUCAUACAAAUCGAUCGAUCGUCUUGACUAUGAAGACGACGCCGUGAAUUAUCCAGCGGUAUUCUUAAAUUCUUUGGACAGGCUUGGUAUGCCACCGCAUCAUUUGCGACUCAAAGUAGGAUCCGUCGUUAUUAUGUUUCCCAAUCUUCAUGCGCCGAAACUGUGUAAUGGAACCCGACUGAUUGUGACGCACCUAUCGAGUACAAAGGGACAGAAUGCUCGAUCCUACGAAUUCCUUUGAGUUCUAACGAUUUGCCAUUUCAGUUCAAACGUAUUUCGUUUCCAGUGAAAAUUGAAUUUGAGAUGACAGUCAACAGGACCUAAAGAUAGUCGCAUAGUGUUAGGCAUAAUUUUGGAAAUGCUAUGUUUUUCACAUGGCUGUAGCGUGCUCACGAGUUGGAAAACCAUCUUUUCUGUACACCGGAACAGAAACCGAAAAAUGUUGUUUAUAAAGCUGCGUUACAUUGAAAAAAAAAAUGAAAUGAUAAAUUUAACUUUCUUUUCAUUUCAAACUACAUAAUUUCACGCAGGACAGCGGCUGCGGGGUCAGCUAGUAUUAUAUAAACAUCAUGCUAAAUUGAUUAUUGGAGGAUGGAGUCAUGUGUAGAAGUUCACGCAAGUGAGGAAAGUUCUCUGAUCGCCAUUCACUUGGGAGUGGCCAGAAACGAUUCUUUUACAUAUGACUCAAGCAGCUCACGACUUCCGGUCUUUGACCAAGUAUCCUCUGGGCAGCCUAAGAACAUCCGUUUGAAGACGAGCUAAAGUGAGAAGGCGAAACAUCUCCUGCAUAGGGUUGUGCGCUGGGUUUGGGACCCGCCACGUAAAAAACACCCCAAAUGAAAAGGAAAAAACAGUCUCGGAUGAGAGACCCCUCUUUUGAUGACGACCAUGGCAAACGAAUUAAGGACUAUGAUUUGAGGGCAUGCACCUGGAAUGUCCGGUCCCUUAAUUGGGAAGGUGCCGCUGCCCAGCUGGUAGAUGUCCUCGUAAAGAUAAAGGCUGACAUCACCGCCGUCCAAGAAAUGCGAUGGACGGGACAAGGACAGAGACGAGUAGGUCCUUGUGACACUUACUACAGUGGCCAUAUAAAGGAGCGCAAGUUUGGUGUUGGAUUCGUGGUGAGAGAGAGACUCCGUCGCCGAGUACUAUCAUUCACUCUGGAGAAUGAACGUCUAGCCACAAUCCGCAUCAAAGCGAGGUUCUUCAACAUAUCGCUGAUUUGCGCCCACGCCCCGACGGAAGAGAAGGACCAUGUGACCAAAGAUGCUUUUCAUGAGUGCUUGGAGCGCACUUAUGAGAGAUGCCCCCGCCACGAUGUCAAAAUCGUGCUUGGCGACUUCAACGCCAGGGUGGGCAAAGAAGGUAUCUUUGGUACUACGGUCGGUAAAUUCAGCCUCCACGAGGAAACAUCCCCAAAUGGGUUGAGGCUGAUCGACUUCGCCGGGGACCGAAAUAUGGUUAUCUGUAGUACUACAUUCCAGCAUAAGAAGAUACAUCAAGCUACCUGGCUGUCUCCGGAUCGAAAAACCACCAACCCGAUCGAUCAUGUUGUGAUAGACGGAAGACACGUCUCCAGUGUUUUAGAUGUGCGUGCGCUCCGAGGUCCUAACAUCGACUCGGACCACUAUAUUGUUGCAGCCAAAAUUCGCACCCGCCUCUGUGCAGCAAAAAACGCACGCCAACAAACACAAGAAAGGUUCGAAGUCGAGAAGCUGCAAUCACUACACACAGCCGAAAGAUUUUCCACUCGGAUUGCACUCCUGCUCUCUGAGAGCAUUCGUCAACAACUCGGUAUAAGGGAACUGUGGGACGGCAUUUCAAACUCCUUACGUACAGCUGCAACCGAAACCAUUGGUUUUCGGAAAGUGCAAAAGAACAGUUGGAACGACGAGGAGUGCCGUGUCGCAGCGGAGAGAAAACAGGCUGCCUACCUCUCAACGUUACGAUCGACCACAACACGUGCGGGAUGGGAUAGAUACAGAGAGUUGAAGAGGGAAGCGAGGCGCAUUUGCAGACAGAAGAAGAAAGAGGCCGAAAUGCAUGAGUACGAACAGCUUGAUAAGCUGGCCGACAAGGGUAAUGCUCGAAACUUCUACGAAAAAAUGCGGCGGCUUAGAGAAGGUUUCUAGACCGGAGCAUACUCCUGUAGAACCCCUAAAGGUGAUCUAGCCACCGAUGCCCAGAGCAUACUUAGAUUAUGGAGGGAACACUUCUCCAGCCUGCUGAAUGGCAGUGAACUCAUAACACCAGGAGAAGGCGAACCCGAUUCCCCAAUCGAUGACGAUGGAGCAGACGUUCCAUUACCCGGCCAUGAAGAAGUUCGAAUAGCAGUUGCCCGCCUGAAGAACAACAAAGCGGCAGGGGCCGACGGAUUGCCGGCCGAGCUAUUCAAACACGGCGGCGAAGAACUGAUAAGGAGCAUGCAUCAGCUUCUUUGCAAAAUAUGGUCGGAUGAAAGCAUGCCCAACGAUUGGAAUUUAAGUGUGCUAUGCCCAAUCCAUAAAAAGGGAUACCCCAAAAUCUGCCGAAACUACCGUGGGAUAAGCCUUCUCAGCAUCGCGUACAAGGUUCUAUCGAGCGUAUUGUGUGAAAGAUUAAAGCCCACCGUCAACAAACUGAUUGGACCUUAUCAGUGUGGCUUCAGACCUGGUAAAUCAACAACCGACCGGAUAUUCACCAUGCGCCAAAUCUUGGAAAAGACCCGUGAAAGGAGAAUCGACGCUCACCACCUAUUCGUCGAUUUCAAAGCUGCUUUCGACAGCACGAAAAGGAGCUGUCUUUAUGCCGCCAUGUCUGAAUUUGGUAUCCCCGCAAAACUAAUACGGCUAUGUAAACUAACGUUGAGCAACACGAAAAGCUCCGUCAGGAUCGGGAAGGACCUCUCCGAGCCGUUCGAUACCAAACGAGGUUUCAGAUAAGGCGACUCCCUAUCGUGCGACUUUUUCAAUCUGCUGCUGGAGAAAAUUAUUAGAGCUGCAGAACUUAAUCGAGCAGGUACAAUAUUUUAUAAAAGUGUACAGCUGCUGGCGUAUGCCGAUGAUAUUGAUAUCAUCGGUCUCAGCACCCGCGCCGUUACUUCUGCUUUCUCCAGACUGAACAAGGAAGCAACGCAAGUGGGUCUGGCAGUGAACGAGGGCAAGACGAAAUAUCUCCUGUCAUCAAACAAUCAGUCGUCGCACUCGCGACUUGGCUCUCACGUCACUGUUGACAGUCAUAACUUUGAAGUUGUAGAUAAUUUCGUCUAUCUUGGAACCAGCGUAAACACCACCAACAAUGUCAGCCUGGAAAUCCAACGCAGGAUUACUCUUGCCAACAGGUGCUACUUCGGACUGAGUAGGCAAUUGAAAAGUAAAGUCCUCUCUCGACGAACAAAAGCCAAACUCUAUAAGUCACUCAUAAUUCCCAUCCUGCUAUAUGGUGCAGAGGCAUGGACGAUGUCAACAACGGAUGAGUCGACGUUGCGAGUUUUCGAGAGAAAAGUUCUGUGAAAGAUUUAUGGUCCUUUGCGCAUUGGCCACGGCGAAUAUCGCAUUCGAUACAACGAUGAGCUGUACGAAAUAUACGACGACAUUGACAUAGUGCAGCGAAUUAAAAGACAGCGUUGGCUAGGUCAUUUUGUCCGGAUGGACGAUGACACUCCAGCUCUGAAAGUAUUCGACGCAGUACCCGCCGGGGGAAGCAGAGGAAGAGGAAGACCUCCACUCCGCUGGAAGAACCAAGUGGAGAAGGACCUGGCUUCGCUUGAAAUAUCUAAUUAGCGCCAUGUAGAGGAAAGAAGAAACGACUGGCGCGCCGUUGUUAACUCGGCUAUAAUCGCGUAAGCGGUAUCAACGCCAAUUAAGAAGAAGAAGAAGUAAUAUUUAAAAUAUUGUUACAAAAGUAGUAUUAUGUUUGGUACCAUAUGUAUUUGUUUGUCUUGCUAUAUGCAUCCCUUAUUAUAAACAUUUGGCGCCGCGGUUGUCUGUUUGUCUACUUAAACAAUAGCUGCAUGUAUAGGGAAUGUAUAGCAUCAUUAUGUGUUUGUCUUGCUAAAUGCGUUUCUUAUUACAAACAGUAGGCACCACGGUUGUCUGUUUGUCUACUUAUAGCAUAAACAUUAAGGGUAUAUGGAACGUACAGCAUUAUGUUCUUAUAAUUGCCAGACGCAAUAUUCUAGAAGGACACGUCGGCAUCAGCGAGGAGUCCCAGUGCUAAGAGUAAACUGUUAUAGUGUAGACAAAUUGCAAAAUAAAGAGUUGUUGAAUUGAAUUAAACGGUUUUUGGUUUUAUUUGUGAAUCCAGAGGUACGAACCUAGUAAAGUAAACUAGUAAGCAGUAAAUUCGUAACAAUAUUAAUUAAAAUGUUCAUACAUAAUACAACCUCAUUUUGUAGACAAAUGACUGGUUUGAUCUAAUGAAUGUCAGAGUGACCAAAGUUGGAGUGAGGGAACGCUUGCACGCCUACGGUUUGGCUUUGAACAAGAAAAAUAAUGUACUGGAACAGAUGAUGGAGAUGGUUUCAUCAAUGAGAGUCAGGGGCGUCGCGAGGUUGGGUGUGGGGGGUGUGACACCCCCCCAACUAUGAACGAGUCGGCAUUUUCGACCGUUUUAAUAUCAUAACAAAAAAUUUGAAAGUUCAUUUCGGCAAUUCCAGUAAGAGUUGCCAAGUACCCGGAAAUUUGUUGUCAAAACUUAUUGAAUAUUUUUAAGAUUUUCAUCAAAACAUAUUAUUGCACAUUAAUUUUUACGUCAUAUCCAUUGCGAAUUCACUAGCCGGCAUUUAUGAAAAUUCUAACUUCAGUAAAACGCAAUAAAUAGCUCUAUAAUUGCGGAAGCAAGCUUAAAAAGACACCUUUUCGUAGGCUGUGUGGAU